GUGGGCGUGGUUAAAGGGUAGUCAGGAGUCUGGAGUCGUGAGCCAGAGUCAGAGCUGCGUCUCCAGACCUAAGCGCCGGUUGCUGAAGGAGAGUGAGCGAGCGAUGCUGUCCCUGCCGCUGUUUGAUUGGCUACGGGUGGCUACUUCUUUGUUCUGAUUGGCAGCGAGUGAGCUGGAUGAUGCUGAGCAAGGGUCUCAAGCGCAAGCGGGAGGAGGAGGAGAAGGAAGCCUUGGAAGUCGAUGCCUGGUGGCUGGAUCCUGGCCUUCCAGCAGUGACACAGGCGCCCCCCACCUUGGCCUCCAGCUCCCUUUUUGACCUCUCUGUGCUCAAACUCCACCACAGCCUACGGCAGAGCGAGCCGGACCUGCGGCAUCUGGUGCUGGUGGUGAACACAUUGCGGCGCAUCCAGGCUUCCAUGGCACCUGCAGUGACCCUGCCACCUGUGCCCAGCCCACCGAUAGUUCCCAAUGUAGCUGAUAACCUGCUGGCCAGCUCCGAUGCUACACUCUCAGCUUCCAUGGCUAGCCUCCUAGAGGACCUCAGCCAUAUUGAGGGCUUGAGCCAGGCACCCCAACCCCUGGCAGAUGAGGGCCCACCAGGCCGCCCCGUUGGGGGGACCUCACCUAACCUGGGUGCCUUGGACCUGCUUGGCCCAGCCACGGGCUGUCUGCUGGAUGAUGGGCUGGAGGGCCUGUUUGAGGACAUUGACACUUCCAUGUAUGACAGUGAACUUUGGGUACCAGCCUCUGAGGGCCUCAAGCCUGCCCCUGAGGAUGGGCCAGGCAAGGAGGGAGCUCCAGAGUUGGAUGAAGCUGAGCUGGACUAUCUCAUGGACAUGCUGGUGGGCACACAGGCACUAGAGCGGCCACCAGGGCCAGGGCGUUGAGCCCAAGGGUGGGAUGGUUGUCUGGCGUCUGAACUGAGCCUGGUGGCUAGACCAGCCCUCCUUGGAAAGACACAGCUGGCUGCCCUCACCCAGAGACAGGGCCACUUUGGAGAGAUAAAAUCCUGUCCUGGGCAACUUCACAUCUGUCCUUUUGUGGAAGGACUGUAGUGAUGUGUGGAGUUGGCCCCUAGUGAUGGACAGGUGGCUACAGUGAGAUUGGGCCAGGCCCCAUGCUGGACUGAAUCCUCUGGGUCUCAGUAUAGGCUGUUCUUUUCUUGAUUUGGGAAGAGACCUCAACCUGUUUUUUGAGAUUAAAACCAACUCUGGAAAGUU